AUGGAGGGCUUAAUUCCACUAGUAUACAGAGCUAUAAUGCAGUACAAGAAUGGCCAACAAGCGAUGAUGGGUUCAUGGAUGAAUGAAUCACCUUCUGCUUCCUACAUGAGAUUGCCAGGUGAUUCGGGCCGCUUCCAAAUGCCUGAUAUUCAGCUUUUCAGACCAGACUGUGCCUUCCCCGCCUCCGCGUCAUCACCUUCUUCCUCUGCCACCAAAAGAAUGCUCUCCGCCGCUGUUCAAUCACCUGGCUUGAAGGAACGCGAAGAAAUCUUAAAUGCCAAAAGCAAUGGGAAGUCGGCAAAAAUCUUCACAGGCAAGGAGAUAAAGAGAGCAACAAACAACUUUUCCAAGGACAAUCUACUUGGUUAUGGAGGCUUCGGUGAAGUUUUCAGAGGCACUCUCGACGACGGAACAAUAGCUGCAGUCAAGCGUGCCAAGCCCGGAAACAUGAAGGGCAUCGUUCAGCUGCUGAACGAGGUUCGAAUUCUUUGCCAGGUGAACCAUCGAAGUCUGGUUAGGUUACUCGGAUGCUGUGUUGAGCUUGAGCAACCUCUGCUGGUAUAUGAAUACGUCCCGAACGGGACGCUCUUCGACCGCCUUCACGGAUUUCGUCUCCACAACUGGGCUCCACUUAAUUGGCUGCGCCGCCUCAUUAUCGCCUACCAGACCGCCGAUGGUCUUGCAUACCUACAUUCUUCCGGUAUUCCCCCGAUAUAUCACCGAGACGUGCAAUCCAGCAAUAUUUUGCUGGAUGAAAGGCUAGAUGCCAAGGUCACUGAUUUUGGGCUUUCUAGACUGGUGGAGUCAAACGAAAGCGAGUAUACCCACAUCAAUACCUCUGCUCAAGGGACUCUAGGCUAUCUCGAUCCUGAAUAUUGCAUCAAUCUCCAACUGACCGAUAGGAGCGACGUGUACAGUUUCGGUGUCGUUUUGCUGGAGCUCUCGACUUCGAAAAGAGUAAUUGAUUUUAACAGAGAAGAAGAAAAUGUGAACCUGGUGGUUUACGUGAAAAAGAUUUUGGGUGAAGAUAAACUGAUGGACACCAUUGAUCCAACCCUUAAAGAAUGGGCUAGCAAAGUGGAGCUGGAGACCAUGCAAGCAGUUGCUAAUUUAGCAGCAGCAUGCUUAGACGAGCGCAGGCAAAACCGACCUUCAAUGAGAGAAGUUGCCGAGGAAAUUGAGUAUGUCAUGGGUAUUCUCGACGCAAAUGAUUCAAAAGCAGAGCAAUUUACCUGUCGAAGCCCUAGCCAGAAUUCAUUCCUAGGAUUGCUUUGGUCCUUCCUUGUGCUUUGUGUUUUGUAG